UUGCAUUUGGUUUAUGAAAGAUGGGACAUUAUGGUUCAAAAGGUGAAAGAUGCCAUCUACAAGAAAGAGGGUAAACUAGAUUAUGAACAAUCUACCUUCUUUAAUGUAGUUAAAGGGAUUCUUAGUAGUCGUUGGAGUAAGGGUAGUACUCCACUUCAUUCAUUAGCACAUUCUUUGAAUCCAAGAUUUUACACGGAAGAAUGGCUUAAUGAGGUCCCGGGACGAGUUGCUCCAAAUGCCGACAAUGAAAUUUCCACACAAAGAUUACAAUGCUUUCGAAGGCUUUUCCAAAGUCCCGAUGAAAGAUUCAAGAUCAACACGGAAUUUGCAAUAUUCUCACAAAAAUCAGAGGGGAUCUUUCUCAACAUUGAUUGCAUGCAUGAUAUGGCUUUGAUGGAUGCUAAAAAUUGGUGGGCAACUUAUGGUUCCCAAGUGCCUAUGCUUCAAGGAGAAGUGAAGAAUACACUAAGGGGAGAUCUAAGUUGUGGGAUGUGGGUGGAGAUGAGCAUGACAACCUAGGAGAGGUUGGUAUUCUAGAGAUGGCCGAGCUCUCACUUGAUGAACCCGAGAUGGAGAAUAUGAUUUUUGAUGAUGUACUUGGUGAUGGUGAAGAAUGAAACUAUUAGUACUUUUGUUUAUUUUAUUUAUGAUUUGUAAAACUAUUAUUAAGACAUGUAUUUGGUUUGAUGGUUUCUUGAUAUGUAUGAGACUACGUUCGUACACUUUGUUUAUUUACUUGUUUUAACAAAAUUGUGUGUUUUGAGGCUAAUUAUUUAGUGUUUUAUUGAAUAGGUUGUCAAAUUCUCGUUUUUUUGAUAUAUUAUAUGCCUUGUUAUAUGCCGUACCUGUGUCCCCUAUUUCAGGAUUGCCGUUUUUCCGUGUCCGUAUCGUGUCCGUGUCC